AUGUCUAAAGAACUAUUCUCUGCGAUGAAAUCCAUGACGCUGGAAGAUGAUGAGCCGAUCACACUCCCUGAUGAGCCUCGCUUUAGAGUCUUUGAUGAGAACUCCCUUAGCCUGCUGGGGAGACUGCUGAAUCCUGACUGUCAGUCUAUGUCUCGAAUGAUAGAGGAUAUGCCAAAACACUGGAGAUUGGUUGGUAGAGUUCGUGGUAUUGCUCUCUCUAGAGAGAACUUUCAGUUCAUCUUCAAGCGCGAGAAAGAUCUACAAACGGUCUUGAAUGAUCGACCAUGGUCUUUCAACUUCUGGACCAUGCUCCUCGAACGAUGGACAGAAUCUCCUCCGAAUGACUUUCUCACGAAGAACAUACCAUGCAAUUACUACACCAUUGAUACCAUGUUUGAGAUGGCCAAGGCUAUUGGAGAGGUCAAGGUGGUAGCUUAUGAUCCUAAGGUGUCUCAGAAGGCUGAUUUUAUCCGUGCUCAAGUGGUUUUUGACAUAUCUAAACCUGCUAGAGAAGAGAAGAUCUUUAACCUCUCAGCUGGCAAAAGUGUUGCAAUCUCUUAUGAGUAUGAAAAAAUCAGGAAAAAGUGUUUCCAUUGCUUUAGACUCACGCAUGAGAAAGUGCAAUGCCCUUGGCUGAGAAAGUGCAAUGCCCUUGGUGAAGGGGUCAUUUUCUCAGGCUGA